UGUAUACGAGAACUGUUGCUUUGGGAACGUUUAGAGGAGGGAAUUCCAAAGUAGAUCACGUAAUAUCACAUUAUUUUGGCGUAAAAUUACUAGCAAAAGCUAUUUUGUUAAACAUUAAACAGGUUCGAUUCGUGCAAGGCUUUAGAGAAAUACUCUGUAUAGUAUAAAUCCCUCAAAACCGAUCCAAAUACCAGGCGUAAACAAAGCUCCGCCAUAUUGGAUGUCUGCUGUCAGUCGGUUAGAGUAUUAUAUUUAUGAUAUGCGGUUAAAUUGAAACGUGAAUGAUGGCUGAAACACAAGCCAUACGUGUUGUUCCAAGUGGAAAGAUAUACAGGCAAAUAUUUGACUCUCAGGUGCAGCUGGCCAAUGUUCUAGAGAAAACUUCAGAAGAAAGAACUAAGAAGGGAGUGAAAAUAGUAGAGCGGCCAGGAGGGAUACCAGUGGUUAAAGAGAAGAGGCAUAUUACAGAAGGCACUGGAAUUCUAAGCCAAAGACAAAAGACGUGGAUAGAAGGCUUUCCAAAUGACUAUUCAACAGAAAAUCCUGUUUUAUACAAACAAGUGACAGAGUUCACAAACCAAAAACUUGCAGAGCCAGAGAGCAGUGUUGUGGGGAGAGAAGUAAGGGGAUUGCCUGAUAUUGUGGUUGCUGCCAAGCCAGGUUCUGAUAUCAUCCAGAGGAUAGCUGAUAGUAGAAGAGAAAGACAUGAAAGAGCUCUGGAGGAUAUGCACCAGGAGCUGGGUGUCAUCACUGCAGAUCUUGAGCCAAGUAUUAUUGAGGCUGGUGAGAAGCUGAUGUCCAUGCUGAAAGAGAAUGACCAAGAGAUUGACCUGUUAAUGUCAAGAAUAGAAAGUGAUGAGAAUCUUCUCACAUUGACCCUGACAGAGCUACAUGAGAUUUGGGAUGCCAUACAGUCUCAGACCAGUCUGAGAAGAGGAGGAAUAGAAGAACUAGAUUCUACACUGAGUGAAGUAGAAGAUGACAGGAUGGAGAGGAUCCGUAAGGUGUUCAGUGAGUAUGCUGAGACCCUAGAGAAGAUAUCCCAUCUUAUGGCACCUGAUCUUAGUCGACUAAUGGACAUGGAGUCACAGGCCAUCAACCAGAGCGUUCUUAGCAACAGGCGUUCAUAUGCAGACCUCUUUGGCCGACUGAUGACCACAGAUAUAGAGCGUGAGAAGAAACAGCAUACUUUAUGGACACGCAGAGUUCAGGAUUGGAGAACACUCAACAUACAACAGGCCAAUGAAAAAUUCCAGAACUUCAUGUCCAGUGAGGCUGUUGUGCGACCACAGGGUGCCCAGAAAGUCUUAGAACUGAUGAAAACUGAGCAGGGCUCUUUGAAUGAAAGGAGGCUUAGACUCAUCUCUUCACUCAAAGAACUUAAGCCUCCAGCCUCUACCAAGACUGCUGUAUACCACUGGAAUGAGAAAGUAGUUGCAUUAUCAGAGCAGAUAGAUGCUCUAAAUCAAGGCUACUUAGAGAGAUUACACAGUGAAUAUGAAGAAGUGUGUCAGUUAUGCUUGGAGGAAGUAGAGAAAGCCAGGAAAAAGCUGAUCAGCAGUGGUGUGUGCUCAGAGCAGAAAGCCACAGAGGUGAUAGAGGAAAGUUUCCUGCCUUUGGUUGGAGACAGACAAAAAUUAUUUGAACAAGAAUUAGAAGAUAUGGAUAAACAACUAGAAGAACACAAUGAUAUGCUGAUGAUACACCUGAAAAGUCUGUUUAAGUUUGCCCAGGGGGCAGCGCAUGUCUGGGACGUCCAUGAAAUUGGUCUCGCUAAGCAGGAAAGGUCACUUCAGGAGAAGCUGGAGAGCUGCAGGCACCAGCAUGACAACCAGAAUCAGGAAAAAGAAGGCAAUUUGGACAUCAUCAUGGACAGGAUGAGACAAGAUGCCACUGAGACAGCACUGAAGGAAAGUCUGAAGAAGGCAAUGGACAUGUUAGACAAGAUCAGAAAUGGAUAUGAAAGUUUCCAUGAAGAGCAGAUGGCUGUUGUCCGCUCUUAUCCAGAGAUGGUCAAGGAUGAACUGGACAACUAUGACCACACUGUGUGCAAGUUCUUCAGUGUGGACCGCAGGCACCCGGAUGAUGUUGAGGCGAAGGACGAGGAAGAAACCACCAAAAGUAAAGAGGGGCUGACCCCGAGGUCAAAGGGCAAAAGUCGCAGGAAGUCCAAAAAGUCUGACCGACCUGGUAGCAGGACAUCAGAGGGAGAUAAAAGCCCCCUACCCAUGGCAGUCAGCGAGAUCCUGUCCACUGCAAGAGGCACUGCUUUCUUCGUCCUGACUGUGGCUGGAGAAUUCAGUGGUCAUCCAGAUGACCCGAGGUCAAGUGUGGAGCCCCCAGGUAGUACCUUCCUGACAGAGUCUGUGCUGCCCAAAGUUCUUCCACCAUAUCUGGCCAGUGUUGAUGUGUCUGAGGAAUUCUUGGCUGAGGUUAAGAAAGGGAUACGUAUGAAUUUCCUAGACCACCUGGAGGAGUGGAGUGAGGAAGCCAUGGAGAGGUCUAGGAGUGUGGUGGCCGCCAAGAUAGAGGAGCUGAACAGUGAGCUGGACCUGAGACUUCAUCUCCACCAGCCCAGAACUAGGAGAGCCGAGCUGGAUGUACAUAAUGUUAGAGCAGCUGAGCUUGUAAUGCACAGUGAGCGUGUGACCAGGCACUGCAAGGGCAUCAACCACUCACUGACUGAGCUGAAACAGCAGUUUGCUAAGAUGACCCACGAACAUGAUAAACUGGCCUCCAAGUUCAGGGAGGGGAUAGAGGCCCUGGAGGUGGUCUUCAUCAAUGCCACCAAGUCUGCAAAAUUGGUAGCUCUACAGAACAGACUGCAGGAAGAACUGGACAAGUUCAUGUCUGUGAUCCGUGCCUCCCUAAGACAGUUCAGACAGCACCUGGAUGACACCCUGGCCAUGCUCAGGCAGUCCAAUGCUAAGUUUAUCAAGUCUUUCAAGUUAUUUUCUGAUGGUGGCAACUUCUGCCCAGAGGAAAUAGAUGAGUACCGUAAAAAACUAGAGAAGAUGUCUCAGAAGAUAGAUGCUGCUGAGGGUUUCAUCAUGGCAGAUUUGGAGGGCAUGGAGUCCAAGAGAUUGGAUCAGGCGACAAAAGUGGCGUCAGAGUUUGAGGACAGGUUUAAGAACCACAUGUUUGACCUGAUCUUCAUGGAGAAGAUCGCCAGGUGGCUGACCAAUACCCAGGUGAAGAUCAAGGCUGAGGUGGCAGAUAGUAACACACAGGCACAGAGGCUGGCACAGUUCCUCAAUGAUCUGGACAGGAGGAUUGAUGCUUGUGAGAAACCUAAUCUGGAUAAAGAGCAAGUGUCCCCUACUCAGUUAAACAACAGUCUGAAGGCAAUAUUUGAAGCGUUCCACUCCAGAAGCCAGUAUCUGAACAGUCUCAAGGACCCCAACACAAUAAGACCACAGUCUGCCACUAUGCAGGGGGCACCUGCUCUAGGGGCCAGGGUGGGGUUUGCUGUGGAUACAGGUGUGCCAGCCAUCAGCAAGGCAGGAAAACAACCUGCAGAGGACCCCUCAAUCAGCACUAUCAAAAACAUUCUCAAAACCCAGAAAACCAAGCUUAGGUUUGGUCCAGAUGCUGAUUUAGAUGGGGAAGUGACAGAGAAGGAAAGACAGACCAAGUCCAUGUCCCGCCCGCCCACCCAGGGGACAGCCAUCAUGGAGGCCAAGUCAGUGGGUACCAAACACAGCAGGAAAGGUACGGCCACCACAGCGACCUCUGACCCUACCAGAAGAUCUCAGUCUGCUGUGCGUCGCUCCACAUAUGGCAGUAAUAAGAUGAAGAUUGACAAACGUUUCCUGAUAUUUGGAGAGAAAGAUGAAGAGGGGGAAGAGUCCCAUUUUCUUGGUAAAAUCCGCCAUACUCUCCGAGAGGCUCUAGAUGGUCUUCUGACCACUGCAGAGCUGUACUACCGCCAAAAGGGCAGCCGUCCAGUGACCAGACCCCAAGCCCUGCAGGAGACAUUUGAACAGUGUGCAGAGAUCGUGGUCCAGAAAUUAGAGUCCUAUUACAAACAGGCUGACGAGUAUCACAACCAGUGUUUGCAAGAGUUCCGCAGCCAGUUGACACAUCUAGAGCAGUUGAUAGCCCGCGUCCCACCCCUGGUUAUCAACGAGAUAGCCAAGACUCACAUCCAGAAGGCGCACCAAGUCAGGAAGGAGAUAGAUGAAGCUUUUCAGCAGCAGUUGGAGAAAUGGAACUCAAAGAAGUAUGAGCACAAGAACCUGCUGCGCCCCACCCUGGGUCACCCCCAUCAGCACCACCAGAUGAAGUCACUGUGUGAUGAGGAGGAGAGCCGGAGGACAGACUACAUCCAGGGAGUCCAAGGACACCACAGCAAACAGCAGCAAUCUUCAGUGGAGCACGCAGAAGAGUUUAUCGCCCAGCUGGCUUCUGCCUCAGAACAGCUCCUGCUCCAGUUUGAUAACUUGCUCACAGUUGAUGAUGUGGAGAAGGGAAGAGUAGACCCAAAGAAGUACCCAACAAGUGAAUUAAUCAGGAGACGGGCGGCUGGAGUACCUCUAGAAGAUGAGGAAGAUAAGAAUGCUCUGCCCAGGGGGAAAGGGACCUGGCAAGGCAUAGUGAAGAAUGAACUGGUCUGUGGAGAUAAGCCAGACAAACCCAAACUGACCGCCUCGGUCAACACGGCCAAAACUACCCUGGGUCACAGUGCUGCUGUCACAGCCAGGGACCAAGCAUAUCAGGACUAUAAGAAACAAUUUGAGAAAACCCUACAUAGCAUUGAGGAGCAGAAACUUACUUGGCUUAAUGAGGAACAGAGGUGGACCGACAGCUGGCAGUCGUCUGUUGAAAAAGUGGUCCAGCUUUACAAGACCUAGAAUGGGGCUCGA